AUGUCUGAUCGCGGAGGUCGUGGUCAUUACAGAGGUCGUGGUGGCGGUGGCCGUGGUGGUCGUGGAGGCGGUCGCAGUGGACAUCAGCAAGACAAGCCCAAGAAAGAAUCCAUCCUCGAUCUCAGCAAAUACAUGGAAAAGAAAGUGCGUGUACGCUUCAAUGGCGGUCGUGAAGUUGUCGGCAAGCUUAUGGGCUAUGAUCCGUUAUUAAACCUGGUGCUUGAUGAGACCGUUGAAUAUCUCAAAGAUUUGGAAACAGGAUACAUCACUGACAAGACGAGAACACUUGGCCUUGCCGUGCUACGAGGAACAGCUGUCAUUUUGAUAUCACCUUUCGAUGGUAGCGAAGAGAUUGAGAACCCUUUCUUGGCUCAGUAA